UCAUCCCCAAUAUGGCUGGGUUAUCUGCUCCGCUAACUGACCGCCUGACGGAUCACGACUGUUUUUGGUGGGGAGAGAAGCGGCAAGCUGCAUUCGACCAACUCAAAAUCGCCCUCAUGUCGCCGCCCGUACUUCGCAUCUCCGAUCCCGACUGUCCAUACGAAGUCGUCACCGACGCCAGGGACAUCGCCAUCGGUGCAGUUCUCCUACAGGAUUUCGGCGACGGGUUACAACCAGUCGUCUACGAAUCACGGAAGCUGCAGGGCGCGGAGAAAAACUAUACAGUACCCGACAAGGAAAUGCUGGCAAUCGUCCACGCAUUCAAGACCUGGCGGUGCUACCUGACCGGAGCUGAUGUCACGGUGCGGACGGACCACAAAUCCUUACAGUACCUGCGCGCCCAACCGAAUCUCAAUCCGCGACAGAUCCGAUGGCUUGAUUACCUCGAGUCCAACUUCCAUUACACCAUCACCUACAAACGGGGUGCCAAUAAUAUCGCCGAUGCCUUGACCCGCCCUACUGUCCAUACCGCCGCGAUACUAAUCGCCUAGACCAACCCAUUACUUACGGGACUA